UGCCGAUCCGAUCAGCUCACCACUCUCCCCUGAAACCCUCUUUACUCCACCCCAGCAAGAUCUGCCUCAAUCGGCAGGACCUUACAAAUCCGAUUCUCUCACUUCUCCGACCACUCCUUCUACCCCAGUCAGUAGCACCCCAGUCCCAAGGCAUCAGAGACGACACAGCUACAGUCCUCGCACUCCCACGGCAUUAUCGAGACCUCCUCUUACACUCGCAAGUGCCGUCACAUUACAACCAGAGUCACAAGCAGCGGAUAAGGGACGUCGACAAUCUGUGUCGGAAGAACGGCCUCAUGUGUCGAACAUUCAUGUCCCGCCAAUUUGGAGUUGGGAUGCAUCUCAUGAGGCGGAUGCGGAGAGUGAACCUGAUGAGGAGGCCCAUCUUUCUACUUCUCAACGUCGUUGUCGGCCGAUAUGAUUCAACGAAGAAUCUGCGUUGAUGUCAGAGGAGGAAGAGAAGCAGAUCUUUGGCAAGACGGUGUCGGAGAUCUACCGAGAGGAGACCUCAAAUGAUCACCUCUACAUGCCUCGGCCUCUACCUGACGACGCUCCUCCACCCAGUCCUCGUCCAGACUCUAGCCCAAAACUGGGGGCGACCUUGCCUACCGACAGCUCCGUUUCCUCCAACGCGGGUUUGGUAGAGAGUGUCAAGGAGCUGGAGGAUAGGAUGUCAAGACCGGCGGUUCAAUACUCGGAGGCGUCGGUUCCUAUGACCAGGACCGACUCCACCUUAACGAACCCCUCUUCGGAAGAUAUGACUCCGGUGAACACUCCUCGUUCUAGUUCUCGUGGUGCCUGGAAUGUCAUCGCACAGGCGGUCGUACCCGCCGCAGCGCCACUGAGCCCCUCCGAAGUGCUUGUUCGAGCUCGAAGCGAAGCCCGGGCGAAACUGUACAGGUCCUCCAAGGUCAUCCCUUAUCCUGAUCCUUCGCCUACUCGUCGCAUCGGCUCGCUGCAAGAUAACGAUUGCCAGGCUCAGCAAGAGGACUCAUCAACUGAAUCUCUUUCGGGACAACCGGCCACCAGUCCUACGUCUCAGUCCGAUGCCAGGGAUUACGGCUGGGACGACGACCGGCAAAUGUGCACAGACGAGUGGAUGCGACAUGUAAGGAGGAAGCGGAAGUCCAGCGACUUUCACGCUGUGGAUGUACUUCGACACCGAUAUCAUUUGCAGUUCAUGGGUGAUGAUUGGGAGAAUAUCACAGACUCGCAAGAGCAGAUCAUUGCCAAGGCGCAAAGGUUUACACAGGCUCAAGGAUUAUCUGUACCAGGAGAUAAGUCGACGCUUGGCCUAGGUUUUGUCGAUAGCGCCUCUCAUAUGCGUGGCGGUGCCGAUGAUCUGGAUCAAAGGCCGUCGGAUGAGAGCAGAUCAAUUAUAGUGGACGAGGAUGUACCCAUGACUCGCCAUGUCUCGCCGGAUCCUGGGGAAUCACAUUACCAAGAGCAUCCGCUUACUGUUGAACCUGAGCAACCUUCGUCACCAACAUCCAGCGACGGCGAUGUGUCGGACUACAGUGGCUGCACGGACGAGUCCACUUCAUCCGAUACGCCACUCCACGUUCACCUCUCGAGUAUUCUCAACCGAUCCAAUGUCACUGAUUGGCUCGCUCAUGGUCUAGAGGCUCGUCGAGCUCAAACUCUGGACGCGCAAAAGGCAAGAUUGACCAACCGAAAACGCCCACGACCAUUGUACAGGGACGAAAGCGGGGUCAGAGAGAAGGAGCCGGGGAUCCCUCAGAGUGGGAACAGGAUUAGGAGCCCCAGCGAUGGGGCGCGUGCUUCUCCGUCAGGCCCAAGACCCUCAGGCUCGUUUUCCGACUCCGUGGAUUCCUUAAAGCAGGCUGAAACCCAAACGAGGACCAGAGACCUUCGUCCCUUCAAAGUCCAUUUUGGGCCGGAAGUGUCGGCAGGUAGACCUUCAGCAGAACCUUUGAGCACGGGAGCAUUGACGUUGGACGACAAGGGGAGUGGCGGCAUUGAUGCCACGGCCUCCAGACCUCUACCGAUGGAUACGCAGGCAUCGUCCAUCGCCCCUUCCCCAAAAUUUAAAGGCAAAGGAAAGGCCAAAGCUAUUGAGUACACCCAAGAGUCAGUGGAGGAAUACAUCGGGCCCAAAUCAGCCUUUAGUUCGCCGUCCGAUUCGCCGUCUGAUUCUGAUCCAGAAGAGGUAGCGGUGCAGCUCGCACUGGAGCGAUCGAUACAGGACUCUCCCAAUAGGUCGGGAUUCGAGGUUGCCCAGGGUGAUGAAGCUGGACCAUCUACUGGGCCAGGCACGAGAUCUCAGACCGCAAGAGACCCUUUUGGCUUCCUACACCACAGCUUGGAGUCUGAACAGUCGGUUUUUCGCACAGCAGGAAGAGGUGUCGCGAAUCUUCCGGAAGCUGAGCAGGCGACAUUCAACUGGUUUUAUUGGGGCUGGUCAGACACUUCUGAUCCUCCUUCGAGCCGUAACGAUACGAGCCGCGAUCCCCUAUGGCUUAUCCUGGACCCUCCCGAUUGGCGUGACAACUUAUUGAGGAGAUUUGGGCACAAUCUAUUUGAAUCAGGUGUGCAAUAUGCUCUUGAACCCUGGCAGGAACCCCUACCGGUGCCAUCGGUCAAUGUCAUCCCUGCCACACCGGUGGAAAUGACGAUACCCACGUUGCCGGAUGAUCAAUGGCUUGGUGUACCGAGAUCUGACUCAUCGGGCCGUCUCAAGCGUAGAAGCAGCUGGCAUGGUCGAACUGAGUCCUUGCUCCCUUCAAUUAUCAAUUCGGACAUUGGAACCGACGUCACAACCUUACCAGAAGAUCGAUGGACGGCUUCGGUGACAUCGGUGGAAGACACAAUCAAGAGGAUUCAUCAGAUCUUCGGCUUGGGCCCGUCGAUAGGACGGGACGAGCAAGCACAGGUCACUCCUGCAUCUUUCAUAACAGCUGGAACUCAGGGGAAUGAGGCGAUAGUUUCGCCUCAAACGGUUACACGACCCCGACCUCGACUAUUCAGGUCUCUCUCCGAGCACUUUUUAGGUGUCCGCGGGAUCCUGGAAGAUGGAGCUCGAGAGAACUAUAGGUCAGACCUCAGAGCUUCCAGGCCCGCUCCCAGACCUCCCGUCCAGAUGGAACAGCUCGAUGGCCCAAAGGUCAUGGAAGAAUCCGCAGCUGCACGAUUGACUGCUUAUAGGUAUCCCGCCCGGCCCAACGAGCCGUCAUUGUCUAAUCAACUGCACUCGUUCAUUGAUCUGAAUGAUGACGACGAUGUCCAGUCGAUUCCGUCAACUACCGAUAACCAUAGUCCGACGCAGGCUGUACCGAUCGAGUCUGAAUCGCCAUUGUUGACUUUUGGCGAAGCUUUGAUGACAACCUUCAGUUCGACGAUGGAUCUCGUUUUGAGAUCUUUCUCCGGAGAGUCGGAAGAUGACGAAGAUGAGUAAUGGGAGAGCUGAGCGAAGCUUUGAGAGGAUCGUCUACAGAGUUCGUGUCCUCAUAGCGUAGUCUUGUGACAUU